UCCCCGGGGCUGAAGGGGAGGGGCUUCCCUGGAGCUGGACAUAAAAGGGAGUGAGGCCUGAUCUCAACCGGCCAAUACCAAAGGAGGUUAGGAGGCUGUGAGGGGGAGGCAAGGAGUUUGUUUCGGCUUCUGGAGAUCAGGUCAGACACCAUCCAGCUGACAAGGAUGGAAUAUGCCAUGAAGUCCCUCAGCCUACUCUCCCCCAAGUCCCUGGCCAGGUAUGUGGCAGUGAGCACCUCGGUGGUGAGCCAGCAGCUGCCCAGCUCGGAGGCCCCCAAGGCUCGGCCCUACAGAGUAAGCACUGCUGACCGGAAGGUGCGGAAGGGCGUCAUGGCGCACAGUCUUGAGGACCUCCUCUGCAAGGCCCAGGACACCCUGAUGCUUGCAGACAAGCCCUUCUUCUUGGUGCUGGAAGAAGACGGCACAGGUGUAGACACAGAAGAGUAUUUCCAAGCCCUGGCAGAUGACACACUGUUCAUGGUCCUCCAGAAGGGGCAGAAAUGGCAGCCCCCAUCAAAGCAGGGCACUAGGUACCAACUCUCCCUCUCCAGUAAGCCUGCCAAGAAGAUCGAUGUGGCCCGUGUAACCUUCAACCUGUACAAGAUGAACCCACAGGACUUCAUCGGUUGCCUGAAUGUGAAGGCAACUCUCUAUGGCACAUACUCCCUUUCCUACGAUCUACGCUGCUUCGGCGCCAAGAGAAUCAUGAAGGAAGCUCUUCGCUGGGCUUUCUUCAGCAUGCAGACCACUGGCCAUGUGCUGCUCGGCACCUCCUGUUACAUGCAGCAGCUCCUGGAUGCCACAGACGAAGGGCAGCCCCCCAAGGAUAAGGCCUCAUCCCUCAUCCCAACUUGUCUGAAGAUACUGCAAUGAAGGCCCAAGUCCUUGGAGGCCUUCCCCAGACAAGAACUAGACUGGAGACCCCAUGCUCAGCUAGUAACACCCAUAAGCUAGCAGCUAAAGAGCUUAUUAUCUCCCCACACCUCCCUCACCCGCACAGAACAAUGAAUGAAGUUGGGGGAAGGACAGGAAACCUUGGAUGACCAAAGGAGAACUGAGGAUUCUUAGCCUGGCCCAGCUCCUUCCUGCCCAAGGUAGCUUAGCUGACCAACACUGGUCACCAGCAAGCUAGACACGAAGUCUGCACCUCAGCUACCCAUCUUCACAUGCUGUACACUCCCUACCUCCUAGCCACUCCUCCCCAUCCCUAAUACUCCUGAGUGAACUGUCAAGCCUACACUAUAGUGCAUAUUAGAGAGUUUGCAAUAGAUUAUUUAUGCUGACACCUC